UGAGUUGUGUGUUAGCAGUGAACAUCUUGCGUCAUUACAGUGACGAAGCAUGUUCAAACAAAAUAGAUAAAAGGGUCUGAUUGUUUAGUGGGACAUAUCAGAUGCUACUGGUCGGCCAAACAGAGACCAAUUGUAGAACUGUCAAUUCGGAUCAAAGUUUCAGCAGACUUCGUUGGGUCAGCGUGAAAGAUUACAACAAUGACAGGAGUUACACUGCUUUUAACAACACUGCUGGCCGGUGCUGUUACCAUAGUUUACUCAAGACCCGUCGAGAAUGAGCGAGAUGCAAUGGUGUACCUAAACACCUUUGGCUACAUGAGCCAGCAGCCAAGUAACGGCAGUGUUCCAGAUGAGGAGAUGAAACAGGCAAUCCUUAAAUUUCAGUUCAUGGCAAACUUGACGCAAACUGGUGCAAUGAAUGCAGAGACCUAUGCCAAGAUGAACAUGCCUCGCUGUGGCAUGCCAGAUAACAUGGGCCAUGCUCUGGACCUCAGACGCAAGAAGAGGUUCUCCCUUGGCAGCAGAUGGUCAAGGACUGACUUGACCUAUCGAAUCGACAACACGACUCCUGACAUUUCUAAUAGAGCAGACGUCGAUGCAACUAUGGCAGAAGCAUUCAAGGUCUGGUCAGAUGUCACACCGCUAACUUUCACACGAGUUUUCGGCAAUACACCCGCCGACAUCAUCAUCGUCUUUGCACCAAGCAAUGUGGACCACGGUGACGGUCUGCAGGGGGCCUUUGACGGACCGAAUGGGGUUCUUGCACACGCUUUCUUCCCACAGAAUGGAGAUGCUCAUUUUGAUGAGGCAGAAACUUGGACUAUUGGAUCAUUUCAAGGAAUCAACUUAUUCCAGGUGGCAGCUCAUGAAUUUGGUCACAGCUUGGGACUGGGCCACUCUAAUGUCCAGGGAGCUUUAAUGGAAGCAUUUUAUCCGGGUUACAUUCCAAACUUCCAGCUUCAUCCUGAUGACAUUGCUGGCAUCCAAGCCCAUUAUGGGCCUGGCUCUGGUAGACCGGAAGUGACCAUGGCUCCCAACCCACCUGCCCCGGACAUCCCUUGUACAGGCAGAGUAGAUGCAGUCACAACAACACAAGACGGUUCCACGUACAUUUUUGAAGGAAGUAACGUUUGGAAAUUCCAAAGUGGUGCGUCCCGGAUUGAACCCGGAUUUCCUAAGACUAUCGCCUCAACCUUCGCUGGCCUACCGAAUGAUAUCGAUGCGGCGCUUUAUAUCCCAGACAGCUUGGAAAGGACGUACUUUUUCAAGGGAAGUCAGUACUGGCGAUUCAGUAAUGAAGUUAUGGAUGCGAACUAUCCAAGACCCAUCCGUAGUGACUGGGGCCGCCUACCAAACGAUCUUGAUGCUGCGUUCGUAUGGAAUGGGGCCGUAUUCUUUGUCAAAGGCAAUCAGUACUACCGCUAUAAUCAAGGUGUAAGCCAACGGUACCCUCAACCCCUUAGUGUUUGGAACAUUCCAGGUAAUGACGUCGUUGCUGCAGUUCGGUGGAUUAAUAGACGUACGUAUUUCUUCAACUCUAACGGAGAAUACUACAGGUACAGCAAUAGCAGGUUGGGGGUCGAUCGCGGGUACCCACAAAAUGUGGCCCUUGCGUGGCAGGGUUGCGCGAACACUCUCGCGGCGGCCACUCCCACCACUGACAGCGGCGUAAAUGGUCUUGUACCCAGUCUCCUUGCAUCGCUGUUGCCCAUUGCUUUAGGAAGUAUGCUUUUCUAAACCAUUCCUUCCGGCGGCAUUCCAGGGAUCAGCGUUGACACCAUCUUGUCUUGUCUCCCCAAACUGACCUUCUGUGUUUAUUAUAAUGAAACAAUGCUUCCAGCUAUUUUGUUAUUUGGGAAAUGAUUUUCCAAACAGAUUCAAAACCAAAUUGUCUGAAGAUAAAUGUGUAAAAAAUGGAUUUUUGAUGAGACCUGCAGAGAAGUCAUUGACCAUUAUUUUUAUUGGUAUUGGUAUUUGUUACAAUCAGCUGAUAUAUAACAACGUUCCGUGAAUUGAUUGGCUGCUUGGAGAGGCAUGGAUGAGUUGAUUCUUAGUGUACAUCCAGAAAGAUAAUAAUUCUUCAUUUUUAUAAAUCGCAGUCUCAAAGUCACAUGUUUCAAAGAUAUUAAAUAGUUUAGUCGAUUGUAGUACCUGGUACUUGCAUUUGUAAAGACAGUUUAGUUUAACGGCUGAUUUAACAAUGAAAGAUUUUGAAAACAGAUGUGUGGUUUUUGUCAGUCCUUUCAUUAAAUUCUUUAUAUCCAAGUUGGUGCACACCACGAAUGAUGAGUUCGGGUGUGACGCUGACUGACAUGUUGAUUCGCUGGCGCCGAUUCCCAGUGAUAUAGAUUAAUUGCUAAAGACAUUGUAUGUGAUUUUAUAUGUGAUUUUAUUUAUAAUAUGAAAGAGGAUCACAGUACUUUAAUAGUGUAAACCACAUUGAAAAUAAAGUAUUGAAGAAAGAGUA